AUGUUACCGGAGAGCUCGUCUUUGUCAUUUGCUACACUUGUCAACAAUAUCGAUAUCUUACAACAAAUUUUGUUGCGUUUGCCACUGAAAUCGUUGUUUCUAUUCAAGUCAGUAUCGAAACAAUGGUUUUCUCUCAUUUCCGAUCCAUAUUUCGUCCACUGCUAUUCCCUUCAACGGCGUCUUUCAGUUCGAGGAUUGUUCUUACACAAAAAUUCUUUCACAUCAAACCCGGAAUUCGAAUUCAUUAGACUUACUAGUGAUGAUUGUUUUUCCUACAACACCAUGUCUGCUCUGUUGGACGACUUGUCAUGUUUAAGAAUUGAACAAUCUUGUAAUGGUCUUCUCUGUUGCAGGGACUACAAACAAAUGAGUGAGUAUCGGUCUUACACAUAUUACAUCUAUAAUCCAUCCAUAAAACAUUACAAAGUUCUUCCGAUGUCAAAUUAUCUUCCCAAAGACCGUUCCUUUUCAGUUGCAAGUGUUGGUUUAGCUUUCGAUCCCAUCAAAUCACCUUACUACCAAGUCGUCCGUGUUUUGCGAUACUCCGGUGCGGAAGGGUUUUAUCAGAUUGAAAUAUACAACUCAAAAACUUCUUCUUGGAGACUCUCUGGAGAUGUUUUUUCGAAACCAGAUGAUCUUACAUUUUACAAAUCUGGUGUCUAUUGGAAUGGUUUACUGCACUGGAUCAGCUCCAGCACUGAAUAUUUAGGAUGCUUCGAUGUUGGUGGCGAAGUAUUAAAGAAAAUCUCCGUGCCUCCAAUGAUAUCUGGUAAGGGAAGGGGUAAAAGGAAGGUUAUCUACUUUGGGGAGUACAAGGGUCAUUUGCAUCUUAUUUUUGAGUACGAUAUAACUAGUACUCCAUGUUUUGAUAUACUGGAGAUGGAUACAGAUUAUAAGUGUUGGAACAUUAAGUACCAUGUUAAUCUUGAAGCUUUAGCAAGUGCAUAUCCUGAGAAACGUGAUAGUGAUUCCGAUGAGGACAUUGUUGAUGACGAUGGAGAAGAGCCGGAUGGUUUGCCUUAUUGUUUCUCUAUAUUGCUUGUCCGAGACGGGGUAGAAGAAGAAUCACCAAAUUUGAUUAUACAUGUACCUGAAAAAGUCAUUUGUUAUGAUCUCAAGGAUACGAGCUUUGAGGAAAUUCAAGAUAUAUCGCCAAGCUUUCUUGGAGGGCUUCAGUACCAAUGGUUUAAUGCAUAUCAGUACAUAGAGUCACUCGCUUCUGUUUCAUAA